AUGGGCAUCGGCGGCUACUUCAAGGCCGACAAGGCCGAAGCUCCUCGCGGGGCCAGUCCGCCAAACCGCACAAGUCAACCCGCCGUCUCCGAGAAGGGUCAUUCCCACCAGGGAAGCUCCAACGACAUGGAGCUCCAACCGCCCACUCCUCGCUACAACUCCCGUCCCCAGUCCAUUUCAGGCCGUUCAACACGCUCCAACGGCAGCUCCAUGUUCCUCGACGACAUCAAGCAUGAGGUCAUGGUCAACUACCUCUACCAGCAACAAUGCUCUCACUUGUGGGUCAGCGACGGCUCUGGUGAGAUCGAGGGUGUCCUUCUUCGAAAGGCCAGGGGCCAAUACAUGGCUUGCCCACCGCAACUGGGCAACUCGCCCUUCGCCCUGGCCUGCGCCGCUCUCAACGUUCAGUGCGCCAUGACAGUCAACUCUCGUGUCAUCAAGACCUUCCUCCAGUGGACGCCCGACGCCGUCGACGUUCCCCUGAUGAAUGGUCUGAGGGUACAGAUUCUCCCCACUAUCGAGGACUUGCCAAGAGCGAGAAAGCACCAGUUCGCCGCCUUUGUCGCCUCAGAAGGCCUUCUCAUUGUUUGGGACGACGAUGCCUUGCAUCUGGUUCAGAGAGCCAAGGCCAUUGAGUCGGAGCUCAUGGAGCUCGUCUGGAAGGCCGGCGCUGAAGAGGAGGAGGGUGACGAAAAGAAGGGCCCCACUGUUGCCGACUACGAGAUCGACGAGGAGAGUGGUGAGAUCAAGCCCGAGAAGCGUCCUGUCCACCUUCUCAACACCUACCUGGUGUCCAUCACUCUGGUUCUUGUCACCGUCUCCCUUGGUGCUGCUUGGAGACAGCUUGCCAUCGAAGUCUCUGUCGACGGCGAUUAUCUUCGUCUGGCUCUCGUUGCCCUCUUCCCGGUUCAGAUCUUCUUCACUCUCUUCUUCGCCCAAGUCAUUGUCGGUUGCUUGGCUCAAAUCUUCGGCCCCAUCCGUCAGUUGACCAUCAACUCCAAGUUCUACUCCGCACGCCCUCCCCCCAGACUGCAAAGCUCGAUCCUGCCUCACAUCACUGUCCAGUGCCCUGUGUACAAGGAGGGUCUGGGUGGUGUCAUUGCUCCCACAGUCAAGUCCAUCAAGCAGGCCAUGUCCACCUACGAGCUUCAGGGUGGUUCUGCCAACAUGUUCAUCAACGAUGACGGUAUCCAGUUGAUCUCUGAGGAGGACCGCCGCGCCCGUAUCGAGUUCUAUGCCGAUCACAGCAUCGGUUGGGUCGGUCGUCCCAAGCACGGCGAGGAUGGUUUCGUUCGUCGCGGCAAGUUCAAGAAGGCUUCCAACAUGAACUACGCCCUCAUGAUCUCCAACAAGGUCGAAGAGAAGCUCCAGCAGAUCAACCGCCCCAACGAAUGGACCCAGCACGACGAAGCCCAGGCUUACGAGAUCGCCCUCAAGGAGGUCCUCGAGGCUGAUGGCCGCGCGUGGGCUGACGGUAACAUUCGUGUUGGCGACUACAUCCUCAUCAUUGAUUCCGAUACUCGUAUUCCUGCCGACUGUCUGCUCGACGCCGUCUCUGAGAUGGAGCAAUCUCCUGAUGUCGGCAUUAUGCAAUUCUCUUCCGGUGUCAUGCAGGUUGUCCACACUUACUUCGAGAACGGUAUCACCUUCUUCACCAACCUAAUCUACUCCGCCAUUCGUUACACGGUCUCCAACGGCGAUGUUGCUCCUUUCGUCGGUCACAACGCCAUUCUCCGAUGGACAGCUAUUCAACAGGUCGGUUACUUCGAUGAGGACGGAUACGAGAAGUUUUGGUCCGAGUCUCACGUGUCUGAGGACUUCGAUAUGUCUCUUCGUCUCCAGUGCAACGGCUACAUCAUCCGGUUAGCUGCUUGGGCCGGCGAAGGUUUCAAGGAAGGUGUCUCUCUUACUGUGUACGACGAGCUGGCGCGUUGGGAGAAGUACGCUUACGGCUGCAACGAGCUGCUCUUCCACCCCAUCCGCACCUGGCUCUGGAGAGGCCCCUUCACCCCGCUGUUCCGCAAGUUCCUGUUCAGCAACAUCCGUUUUACCUCCAAGAUCACCGUCGUCUCGUACAUCGGCACCUACUAUGCCAUUGGCGCCGCCUGGAUCAUGACUUCAGUCAACUACUUCCUCAUGGGUUGGUACAACGGAUACCUUGACAAGUACUACGUCGACUCGUGGCAGGUGUGGUUCUCCAUCAUCAUCGUGUUCAACGGUCUUGGUAACGUCGCUCUUGCUGUGAUGCGCUAUCGUGUCGGCGAGAAGGGCUUGCUCUGGGCCUUCUUCGAGAACAUCAAGUGGACUUUUCUGCUUGCCAUCUUCCUCGGUGGACUCAGCUUGCACGUCAGCCAGGCUCUGUUGGCUCACAUGUUCGAGAUUGACAUGACUUGGGGAGCGACGUCCAAGGAGGCCGAGUUCUCCAACUUCUUCAUUGAGGUUCCCAAGGUUUUGAAGAAGUUCAAAUUCUCCAUGCUCUUCUCGUGCAUUUUCAUUGCCGGAAUGAUCAUCCUGGCGGUUGCGCCUUUCGUUCCUUACGACUGGCGCAUCACCGACUUCGUCGCCAUCCUCCCGAUGGCCACCGUUUCCGCCAGUCAUCUGCUCCUGCCCAUUGCCCUCAACCCCGCUCUCAUGACCUUCUCGUGGUAA